UCCCCACCAAAAUCUCUUUUCUUUUUGUUGAGAACAUGAAAGAGUUUUAUUUUUCCAAUACUAUCGACGCUAAAAUUUAUUAGCAUUCUCUUUACAUCCUGUUAUCUCCAUAUGGCACCGAUUCCCAAGUAUACAUUCCUCUCCAUCUCUCUCUCUCUCCGAAGCCCAAAAGAUUCAAAAUUUUUACAGUACAAGUAAUUAAACUCUUCUUGUGUUUCAAAAAACUUCACACAACAACCGAGAGAACUUGCAAACUGGCCUCAGAAGUUGAUGAAACUGACUUUUUUGCUACAAUGGCAGAACACCAAAAACGCUCUCAUGGGCAUGCAACUGAAGCAGAUGGUUCGAGUCAUGAGAUGGUUUUAAGAACAUUUGAUCGAAAUGGGGUUGCGAAAUACUCAUCGAAAAGUGGUUCGAGGUCGAGAGUGAAAGCUUGUGAAGUUGAACAGAUCGGUAGACGAUUGACAAUUCUUGAAGAAGAUACAAGAGCUAUGAAGAAAGCUUUGUUCGACAGUUUGGAGGAAAGGAAAAAUCUUGUGUAUGAGAUAAACCAGCAAUUUCAGAUCAUAAACAAAAGCCAUGAGUUAUGUAAUGAGGUAGCUGCUUUGAUGGCUUCUCUUGAAGAUCAUGAUGAGACACUCCAUUCCCCCAAGGAAUCGAGAGGUGGUGUUGGCCUAUCAGAAAUCUUUCACCACCAAGCAAAUAUAUCUCUCGUCUUCAAACAUUUCAAACCAAAUUUGUUGGCUUUCACAGAUUCUACCAAAUCUUUGCAUCUUAUGAGAGAAAAUUGAUCUCUUUUUCCUUAAAUACAUGUAAAUCAAUUGGGGAGACUUGAAUUUAAUUUGAAUGUUUGAUCUUUUGGUCAAGAACAUAUGUUCAAUCAUCGAGUUAUAUUUAUAUUUAGGUUGGCCUGGUCCCUAUAAUGAGAUUGAUUGUUGUCGUCUUUAAUGUUUGAUAUUCUAUUGUGUGUAGAAGUUUUUUAGAAAAACUUGUGUAGUUUCGAUAAAUUCUUUUACUAUUUUAUGUUAAAAAUUAUUCUUUU